AUGACAUUGACCUAUUUUACUUUGCUCUUAGCCGUAAGUCAGUACAUUAGAAUUUUUGGCCAAUAUAGUCCAAACUGGGAUUCAUUAGAUACACGUCCAUUACCUCAAUGGUACGACGAAGCAAAGAUUGGAAUCUUUAUACACUGGGGUGUUUUCUCAGUUCAAUCGUAUAAAGAAUGGUUCUGGUACGCCUGGAAAAAAGAUAAUCCGGAUCCAGAUGUUGUAGAGUUUAUGAGAAAAAAUUAUCCACCAGAUUUCACGUAUGCCGACUUUGCUAAGGAAUUUCAUGCCGAAUUAUAUGAUCCAAAUGAGUGGGCUGAUAUUUUUCAAGCAUCUGGAGCAAAAUACAUUGUAUUAACAAGCAAGCAUCAUGAAGGCUACACAAUGUGGCCAUCAAAAUAUUCAUGGAAUUGGAACGCAAUGGAUGUUGGACCACAUCGAGAUUUGUUAGGUGAUUUAGCAAACGCAAUAAGAAACCGCACAAAAAUUGUAUUUGGACUCUAUCAUUCAUUGUAUGAAUGGUUUCAUCCUCUCUAUCUUGCUGAUAAGUCAAAGAGUUUCAAUACGCAAUUGUUUGUAAAACAAAAAACUUUACCAGAACUCUAUGAAAUUGUGAACACAUAUAAACCGGAAGUGAUUUGGUCAGACGGUGAUUGGGGUAGGUUAUUUAUUACACUACAAUUGUUUUUUUGA